CAAGAAUUUAAACUGUUCUGAAAAUCCAAGAUGUCAGCGCCCAUGUAGCAACAACAUUUUUAUUUUAAAGACUAUAACACAGAGACAAUGGCUUUACUAUCCACAUGGUUGACGAGGAGUUGUCAGAGACUUUCAGUGUUACCAUUUAGAUACAUGAGUACAGGACAUGCAGGAGUGGAAGCCAGUCACAAUUCAUUUGAAGUAGCAAGACCCUCACUGACAGCCGUGACAAAAAAUUUUGAUAUCCAAAGGGUAACAAUUCAGAACUUUCAACAGAAUAAAUAUCCUGAGAUCUCGUUGAUACAGACAUUGCCUUUGACAACAGACACAUUAGUUUAUCAGUGCCCUUCCAAAACAAAACCACACAAGGAAAUUUUAGACAUCAGAAAUACAGUUGGAAUGUAUGAGUGUCCAAAUGCAGCAAGAGCUGAUAUAGAUUUUAUUUUACCCACAAUGCAGUUCUUUAAUGACCUUAACAUUGACAGAGAAUGUCCAGGGAUUGAGAAACCAGAAAAGCUAGCAAGGAAAAAAGUUAGAAAGCUGUACAGGCUGAUGAGAAUUCGUGAGAGAAUGCACAAUAGGCAUAGGUUGAAAAGAUAUCGUAAAAAGUUGAAGUUUUUGUUUAUUAAACUAAAAAGAGAUAAAUUGGCUAAAAAAGAAGCCAAACUUCAAGCUGAGAUUAAAGGAAUGUAUGAUGCUGUAGAAAGUUAUGAUCCCUUAGCUAGAAUAAGAGAAGAGAUUGCACUGGCAAGAAAGGGAGGAUUCAGGAUAGAUCUAUUUGGAAAUGGCAAAAAUGACAAAUAAACAAGAUUUAUCAUUAUCAAAAUUUACAAUCAAGCAGUUGAAAAUUUAUUGUAUGCUAUAUAACAUGUAUAAUAAUGUUUGAAGUUUAUGUAACAUCAUUUUAGUUCAAAUUU